UGCAAAUUGCUUCGGGUCCGAAAAUAUUUUAGAUUGAGGGCUGAGGCGGCCCACUUCACAGCUUCACAUAAAUACUAUAAUAUCACACUACUUGCCGAUUGGUAAAUUACAAAGAGCUACGUUGGAGAGAUAAAGACAAAGACUUCUUUAAAAUAAUGCCAGGCCCAGCCAGCCAGAUUCCACCAUGCCAAGCUCAAUUAUACACUCACUCCAUGUCACAAACUCAAAAUAUCUUAUACACUGCUCUUCUUAAUAAUUAAAGCCUAAACAAAACCAAAACCUGGCCGCCAUGAACAAACAUCAUGUGGUCUUCAUCUCCACUCCUUCCUUCGGCAACCUGCUUCCAACCAUUCAAUUUGCCCGCCACCUUACUCAUCGUGACCCUCGCCUUUCUGCUACCCUCCUUAUCAUCACCGUGCCCCAAAGAACCAUCGUCAACUCUUACAUCCAAUCACUUUCCUCAUCUGUCACUGAUGUCAACUUCAUCUACCUCCCUUCCGUCCAACCUCCCUCCCCUGAUCAAUGCCAAUCUUUUUUGGGUUAUCUUUCCCUCGUUUUAGACAAGCAUAAGGUCCACGUCAAGCAUGUCAUCUCCGAGCUCAUGUCAAGUUCUACCAGAUCCACACUUGCUGGGCUAUUUGUUGACAUGUUUACCACAUCCAUGAUCGAUGUUGCUAAACAACUUGGCAUUCCUUGCUAUCUCUUCUUUGCUUCUCCAGCCAGUUUUUUGGGGUUUAUGCUUCAUUUGCCAGCCUUAGACACACAACUUGCUACCGACUUUGUUGACUCCGACACUGGGUUAAUAGUUCCCAAAGACUCCGCAAUUGAGUUGAUCAUCCCGAGUUUUGAAAAGCCUUUGCCCCCCAACAUGCUGCCCACGUCAGUGCUAAAGAGAAACAAAGAUGGUUAUUCCUGCUACUUAAACCACGCACGCAGGUAUAAGGAAACGAUGGCCAUCGUAAUCAACACGUUUCUUGAACUGGAGCCCCAUGCGAUUGACUCGCUUUCCGUCAGCGGGUUACCUCCUGUUUACCCAGUGGGGCCGAUUCUUGAUCUCGCUGGAGCAGCCCAAUGGCACCUGGAUGGAGCCCAACAGGAUUGCAUCAUGAAAUGGCUUGAUGAACAGCCUCCCUCUUCAGUGGUGUUCCUAUGCUUCGGCAGCAUGGGGAGUCUCGACGGACCCCAGUUGAGAGAAAUUGCAAUUGGGCUAGAGCGUUGUGGGCAUCGCUUUUUGUGGUCCAUCCGUGAGCCACCCAAAGGUAAAUUAGAUCUCCCAGGUGAGCACUCUAAUUUGGCGGCAGUUUUGCCGGUGGGGUUUUUGGAUCGGACGGCUGGGUUCGGGCUUGUGUGCGGGUGGGUUCGGCAAGUGGAUGUAUUGGCCCACCGAGCAAUUAGAGGAUUUGUAUCACAUUGUGGGUGGAAUUCCAUAUUGGAGAGUCUAUGGUACGGUGUUCCAAUAGCCACAUGGCCAGUUUACGCGGAGCAACAAAUGAAUGCAUUUGAGUUAGUGAAAGAGCUGGGAUUGGGCAUGGAGAUUAGGUUGGAUUACAGGGAAGGCAGGGAUUUGGUGUUGGCUGAGGAGUUAGAGAGAGGAUUGAGGCGUUUGAUGGGCGGUGAAGAUGAUGAAGUGAGGACAAAGGUGAGAGAAAUGAAGAGCAAGAGUAGGGUGGCAUUGAUGGAAAAUGGUUCCUCGUAUAAAUCAUUAGGAUCCUUGAUUCAGGAAAUCUGUGGUAGAAUAGAAGGUUUGAACUUUGAAGACAAAUAAUUAGCAGCUGCUACAACAACGAAGGAAAACAAACAAAUCAAAUAUCUUGUCAUUUGUUUUGUAACAUAAACAAUAAUGAAGAUAUACAUGUCUCCUUUUGGAAACUUUCGACA